GAGCGGGGCGGAAGGCACGCACGCACGAAGGAAGGAAGUGAGCGCACGUCGGAGGGGGAAGGCGCCGUUUGCGCACGCGCGAGGGAGAGGUGACCUUCCAGGCGGAAAGCCGCAAGGAUGCUGAGCAAGCUCAUGGGCCCCCGUUACGGGCAGCUCCUGCGCAACUGGGUGCCUACGAUGACCAUGUGGGGCACCGUGGGAGCUGUGGGGCUGGUAUGGGCCACGGACUGGAGGCUGUUCCUCGACUACGUACCUUGGAUCAACGGCAAGUUUAAGAAAGAUGACUGAGCGGCAAGCCCUUCCCUGCAAGGAGCGCAACCUGUUGGGUCUCGGAGAGACUUCCUUUCCCCUUUGCCUGCUGGCACUUCGAACUGUGAACCCCUGAAACUGCCCGGAACCUUCCUUUUCCUCUCGUCGAACGGGCAGAUGCUGCGCCGAUAAUUUCAAAAUGAAUAAAGCCUCUUUUAGCGCACGGGGACGUGCUGGUCUUAUA